AUGGCAGGCCCUACUGGCUAUGCUAGGGCUUCUUGGAUUCAUGACAGAAGUUACGGAGAAAGUAGAAGAUUCAGGUCAUCUGAACGUACAAGGAAGCUGGAACAAAGGGAAGGAAUGACGUUGUUCGUGGACGGACUGGACGACAGAGUCAAAUACAAGCAACUGAGAAAGGCAUUCGAAAAAUAUGGAAAGGUGGAGAGUAUCUUUCUGCCUAGAACAAAGAAGAAAAUGAGGAGGUUUAGAUUUGGAUUCAUCCAUUUCAGUUCAAGAAAUGACGGCUGUCGAGCCAUCCAGGGUUGGCAUAGACAAAGACUGAACAAUGUGUACCUGACAGUGCUUCCAGCGAGAUUUCCCUUGCGGCAAAGAAAUGACAGAUUCACGAUGAAAAGGGGAACGAGUGGUCAAUAUAACAUCAAGAAUAAGGUAUGGAAACCAAAGGUAAAGGUUGACAAGAGUCAGGGAGCGAGCUGGACAAGGAAAUCAUUCACACGUAAGGAGUGGAGGGUCAAACGAAAACGUCCGGAGAAGAAGGAGUGGAGGGUCAAACAAAAACCUCCAGAACAGCAGGAGCCUGGUAAUGCAUGGAAUCAAGCGCAAGUUGUAAGGCCCAAGUUUUAA